GCAGGUGGCGCCACGGUCGCGCCGCGCCCAGCCGCUGCGCCGCCCGCCCACGGCCGGUUCUCACACAGUGACAGGGAACGGCAGUGCCGGACUAGCAACAGCGACCAGCCAUGGCGGAAGACGAGUGUUGCGUGGAGGAGUGCUCCCUCCAUGAGACGGACGCCAACCACGCCUACCGCUUCCGGCCGGUCAACGGCACGUCCACCAGCUUCAGCGUCAAGUGCCACAACGACGCGCACGUCUGCCUGAGCCCGGUCGAGUACGAGACCGACUCCAUGCUGCAGAUCUUCAUCGGCGGCUGGAAGAACUCCCAGAGCGGCAUGCGACUGGGCAAAGACGAGGACGUGGCGCGCGUGGACACGCCGGACAUCGUGUGCGAGGACGAAUUCCGGACCUUCUGGGUCAGCUGGGACGACGGCCACGUCAAGGUGAGCCACGGCAGCGACAUGGACCCGUUCAUGGAGUGGCGCAGCUCGCAGCCGCUGGCCGUCGGCUACCUCGGCUACACCACCGGAUGGGGCAGCACCGGCGAGUGGAAGUUCCACGACGAGGCGCUGUUCGAGAGCCACUGCGACUGCCCGUACCACUUCCGCGCGGUGCACGGAUCGUCCAUCACCUUCAGCGUCCAGAGUAGCAACGACGCCCACCUGGCGCUGACGGCCGGCCCCGAGGUGUCGGCGCCCAUGUACGAGAUCUUCAUCGGCGGCUGGAGCAACAGCAAGUCUGCCAUCCGCCACACCCAGGCAAUUGUGUUCGGCGAGCACAUGAGCGAGGACAAGUGCAUGGCGGAGACGCCAGACAUCCUGUCCGCCGACGAGAUGAGGUCAUUCACUCUUACAUGGGCCAACGGCCACAUCAAGGUCUUCAUCCAGGGCGACCCGAACCCUUUCCUGGCGUGGGAGGACCCCGACCCAAUCACGGUGACGCACUUCGGUUACCGCACCAAGCAGGGCGCUGACGGCAAGUGGCGCUUCGAGGUGUGAGCGGGCCGGCCGCUUGAAAAGCUGUGCAUCACGCGCCGCCGACUUCCUGGGCGGUUUGUCCCGCGUCGCCAGCCUCUGGGGCAGUCUGCCCGCGUCGCCGGCCUCCCGGGCAGUCUGUCCCGCUCCUCUGACCUCUCGGGCAGUCCGCCCUGCUCCUCUGGCCUCCCAGGCAGGCUCUGCAACUCGCCGCGUGCAGCUGCUGUUGCGUUGAGUUCAUUACCGUCACGCUUGGUGCUUCCUUUUCGCCAUCAGCAUCGCGUCGCCGUUGGGGUGCAGUUUGUUGCCACUGUAGGUCGGGUGCCGGGUUCUGAUACUGAUAUGCGCUGGAAAUCAUUGCGUUCAGAUCUGAAGUCUGCUAACCGAUUUCUUGUGCAAGGGGUUGGUUUCCUGUCGAAGUCGAAGUGCAUGCGAGUUAUUUAAUGGCGUAACCGGGAACAGUGCUUUGUGGAAUUGUCGACGUGUUUGAAUCUCACUCCAAGCUGCUGACGAAUCUCGUUUUUGGACCAGAAAGCGGUACUCGCUUGCACCGCAACUGUUGCUUGAGUCAGUUCAAUAAAAACUAGUCCUUUUGA